AUGGUUGAUCUGGUCAUCAAUCGUGUUAAUCGUGUUGCAAAUACUUUGGAAUCAAUCAAGAAUCACUGGAUACCAAUUAUUGUGCGACAGAUAGAACAAUUGCGUCAUAUGUAUGAUGAAUUAUUGGUUGAUGAUGAUCCAGAAGCUGAACUCUCUGUUACAGCUCAAGUACUGCUUGAACAGGGUGUGGACAAACUUUGUCAUUCAUUAAGUGAGAUGGCGCGUCAGCAUCGGUCUACUCAUCAAAUGCUGUCAAAGAUUGGUAGAACUAUCGAUAAAAAUUUUGUCGCCGAUCUUAGCUCAGUUAUGAAGAUCGAUAAAAAUAUUGAAACAGACCCCAGAUUGCACAGUCGGGUGAAUGCGCUAAUCAUUAACCAUUUAACCAGCUGUGGGAAGUUCGAGGUUGCAGAUAUUUUAGCAAGAGAGGCUCAGUUGCCACCAUCAGAUGGUUUAGAAUGUAACGUAGAUGAAGUUCGACAUCUGAUGGAUUCAUUCCAUAAUAAAGAUAUGUUGCCUGCUAUCGAAUGGCUGAAGCAGAAUGCUUGUCGAGAAGAGGACUUGAUCUAUGAGCUUCAGAAACAGCACUUCGUAAAGCUUUUAGAAGAUGGUAAGACUAUGGAAGCUCUGGAAUACAGUCGGCAACUUACCAAGCACCCAGAUGAGUUGAGGCAGUUGUUGUGGUUAAUAGUUGCCAGGGAUCGUAAGGAGCGUUGUCCGGAUCUAUUCGACCCCAUUCUUCUGGAACAGAUUGAAGUGCGUCUUGCUCGUGUUAUGUCAAAAUCAGAGAACUACCUCAGUCAAAUUUUGGAACUUGGUAUUAAAUUGAUACCAUCGCUUAUCAGCCUUCGUCAUUUAAUGGCAAAUCGUUCUCUGGAGUCAAUUUUCCAAGGUGAUGAGCUACCGGUUGAAGUUGGUAUGCCUAAUCCUGCUCAUUCUGUGUUCACUUGUCCAAUUCUAAAGUUACAAUGUACGGAUCAAAACCCUCCAAUGCGAUUAAGUUGUGGUCAUGUAAUUUCUCGCGAAGCUCUUCAUAAAUUGGCUCAAACUGGGCGCUUCGUUCCACCUGCCAAUCUUGCUCCAUCUAACACAUUCAGCCAUAUUCGUUUAAAGUGCCCUUAUUGUCCCGUGGAAUCAUUGGUAACGGAAGCAAAAAGAGUGUACUUUUGA